UUAUCAGGCUCCGUAGGAAACCAAAGUUUAUCUCGUGGUUUUCUUUGUAGAAAUCUGAGAAGUAAUACAUGCACUGUCAGUAAACACGUGGAAUACCAAGUCGAUGUCAUCUCACUUUGUGUUACAUUAGGAUUCAGGUACAGCAUCAACUGCGCCUCUCUGAAGUGGUAAUCUGCUCUUUAACGCUUCACAGUUUGUAAUUGUGCCUCUAGAGAUAAAUAUACAGGUGAACCGGUCGGGAUUUACUCACCCCUGUGCUGACUCCUUUGACUUGUGAGUUCGUGUAGUGUUUCUCCAUUUUUACUCCAAAAUCGAAAGAGAAAAGAGAGAGGUGACGCCAAGAACAGCGACCUCAAGCGCACCGAGACGCACAGAGACGCCACAGACGCAUCCAGUAUGGCGCGACCAACUGUCUUCGAAACUUCAGCAGCCGGCUUUAAUUUCGACAACGCAGCGAGGAAUGCUGCAUUAGACGGUCUCUUUGAGGGACAGAAGCCUAAACCUUUGAAAACAGGCACCACGAUAGCAGGAGUGGUGUUCAAGGAUGGAGUGGUGCUCGGAGCAGACACAAGAGCCACAUCCAGUGAAGUGGUGGCCGACAAAAUGUGCGCCAAGAUCCAUUACAUCGCUCCAAAUAUAUAUUGUUGUGGAGCGGGUACAGCAGCAGACACAGAGAAGACCACAGACAUGCUCUCCUCCAACCUGACCAUCUUCUCUCUGAACAGCGGGAGGAACCCACGUGUUGUCAUGGCUGUCAGCAUACUACAGGACAUGCUGUACAGGUAUCACGGUCAGAUUGGUGCCAACCUCAUACUGGGAGGAGUAGAUUGCACCGGAAACCAUCUGUACUCAGUUGGGCCUUAUGGGAGUGUAAAUAAGGUUCCCUACCUUACAAUGGGAUCUGGUGAUCUAGCGGCUCUUGGGAUUCUAGAGGACAGGUUCAGACCCAAUCUGGAGCUGGAGGAGGCAAAGGGGCUUGUGCGUCUUGCCAUCCAUGCAGGAAUCAUGAGUGACCUCGGCUCAGGCAACAAUAUCGACAUUUGUGUCAUCACCAAAGAGGGAGCAGACUACAUCAGACCCUUUCAGGAGUCUGAGUUCAAAGAUGACAGGAAAAUCAAAUACAGGUAUCGCCCCGGCACGACACCGGUCCUGACAGAGAAAAUAGUCCCCUUGAAGCUGGAGGUUGUGCAGGAGAAGGUGCAGCGGAUGGAUACAGCCUGAAGCUUGAUGCUCAAUAACUCAACUAUCGCUCUGUAACAUCUAGUAGUAAAGCACAAAUCUUUAUUUCAUCCUAUGUUUUACACAGCAUAUUGAGUAUGAGUAAUAAAACAUUAAUAACAGUUUAAUAAUACUGCCAUCAUGGUUUCAAUUCUGCUGCUGCUUCACUGUGAUGUUGAUUAUUUCAGAAACAUAUGCAGUACCCCUGUAAGCAGGAAGAUUGCUGUUAGGCCAUAGUGAGAAGAUUGCAACAUGUUUUGACAAUAUGGAAUAAAAAUGAUAAUAAAAACAG